AUGAACAUAAUUUUUGAGCUUCAAGGAGGGAGGUCGUUCUCCAUGGAAGUAGGUUACUUCGACACAGUCUUAGAAAUCAAAGAGAAAGUACAAAAGUAUCAAAACAUUCCUGUCUCCAAGCAAAUCCUAAUUCUCAAUGGCCAAGUUCUCCAUGACAAUGACGAUCCUUGGAAGGUCGAAAUCCUUCACAACACACGCAUUCAGCUCCAAGUGACCCCCAAAAAGGAGGAGAAUAGUAAGGACUUAGUUGUCAAUUCCACGCACACGAAAAUUCAGCUCAACGUGAAAACCGCGUCCAAAACGCACGUCAUCCCUCUCGAGGUGGACGUGAACAACGACACCGUUUUGAGGCUGAAGGAGAGGAUUCAUGAGAUGGAAACCGUAGCGGUUCCGGUUAACCGGUUGCUUUUCUUGCAUUCUUCGAACGGUGUAGAAAUGCUUGAUCACCAAUUGCUGCGAGACUGUUAUGUUUCGGAGAACGCCGAGAUCGACGUUGGUUUUCGGCCGUCGCCGCCCGCUGCGGCGUCGGCGUCUCCGGGGUCGAAGAGGCUGAAGCUUAUGGUUCUGCCAAAGAGCGGGACGAAGAAGGUUCCGGUGGAAGUGAAUCCGUCAGAUAACGUGGGAGAGCUGAGGAAGGAGUUGCAGAAGCUGCACCAGAGGGUUCAGUUUCAUUUGCCGCAAGACGGGUAUUUCUUCAUCUACAAGCAAAAUGUUAUGGAUGAUGAUAGGUCUUUCCGUUGGCAUCAUGUUGCACAGGGUGAUACCAUUGAAAUCUUCAAUGGAAGUGUUACCGGUGGAUCAUGA